AAGAAAUAUAGUUUAGGAACCCAGAACGAAAACAUGGAAGUGAUAACAGAAACCUCCACUUAUGAAACUGUGUUCAACGGAGAAGCCAAAGAUCCAGUCACAGGAAAUCUUUAUCAGUAUAACAGCAAGUCAGGAGCAAGAAAGUGGAAGGUCCCUCAAGAACCCAUCAGAAACAAUCUGGAUCUCACAAGCAUAUCUUCGGUGUCUCAGAGUCUCUCUCCUGAAAAGAACAUGCCAAUGAAAUUCCCUAAAGAUCCAUAACUUCUUCAGCCUUUAAAGCCAAUCAUUUAAUCAUAACCCAUCUAUUUCUCUACUAGUCUUCAGCGGGAAGAUGGAUUUAGUAUCAGGGAGUGGGGUUCAGAUGGACUUUUGAAAAGAAACGUUUUCAGAAUGAAGCCAUGUAUGUUUUUGAAGGCUUUUGAGACAUGGGCUCUCUCCUUGGAAAGACACAAUACAAUAUCGUUGUAUCACCCUGCAUCCCUAAGCAACUGCCAAAAAUAGAGCGAAGCCAGGGAAGCCCACAAUACAAGGACACCAUGUCAUGAGUUUUGUAUUAUGAAAUUAUGGUAGGGAACAUUAUUAAGCCUGAGGUCCACAUUCACUCAUGGGCAACUUUCCAGGGGGCAGAUCCAGAGGCAAAAGUGGACAGAGCAAUAUAUUACACAUUUGUCUCCUCUACCUAGGCAAACAAGAGGCAUUAUCAGAGUGCAAGGACUCAUUCUGGGCAGGCAAAAAAAACACUCAAAUAGGAUGUAGGGCUAUGUAGGAUCUGGUACCACCCCAUUUCUAGCUCAUUCAUAUAGUGCUAAACCCUGAUUUAGUAUUAUGUGCUCAUAGCCAACAUGUAGAUCUGGCAUGAAUUUGACUAAGGAUGCACAUAGUCCAAUAGCUCUCCAAUAUCUUUGCUACCUGAUAUCCUUUUUCUGGGGAUGUUAGAAGUUUAUACAACUCCAACUUGUGAUCUACCAUUGAGCUAAAGCCAUUUUCCAUAUGAAAGGCAAUUUCUUGAUUGUACUACUACUCCUGGUUUUUGUAUAUCUAAUUAGGAUCCAUGAAACUUUGAAAAGGGCCUACAUUUUGCUAUGAUUUCCCUGAGCAUCUGAGUGCUUUAUAAAUCAACAAUGUCUAAUCCAAUAACUCUGAUAUGAAAAUGGCAUUUAAUCAUUUUUUAAUUUUUUAAAAAGAAAAUUUGAUCAAUUGCUUUCUUUGUAUUGAGGUUUAUUAAAAAGAGGAAAAAGAGGAAUGGGGAAAACCAAUUCCCUUAGAAGUUUAAUUUA